AUGCGGACGAACUUCUCCAGGGAGUACCUGGACGAACACGCGCACACACACCACAUUGACCCUCAUAAUCCUCAUCAAUAUCCGCAUGCUUACCUCCAGCAGAAGCGCAGCCACAGCCAUAGCCACCGCAGGCGCCAUGUGGCGUCGUCGCGGUCACGCAGAGUCAACUCACACUCACUCGAGUCGUCGCGCAAUAAAUACGAAAGUAACUUUGGGGGGCCUACUUGCAGCCUUGAGCGUAUAGACAGCCAGGAUGUACUGCAGCAGAGGCCGCAGACGCCCGCUACCAGAUCGGUGGAGUCACAGGAGGUCUCGCUCGACAGCUUCGGUUGCAUUCCGUAUGGACGCAUCUAUGUGUUCGAGGACCACGGUUCUGCGGAUACCGAUAGACCCAUAAUUCUGAACAACAACGCCGAUCGCGAGGGCAAACCCGAAAAGGAAAAGGACGGUGGCGACGGAAACAGCAGAGGCAAAACCCCGCUGCCACCAGAGCUGGACGUGCCAUGGCAACUCCGCGAGACCUUCAGCGACACCUCCUGCAGUUACUUUGACUUCCUAGGGACGAAGUACUUUUGGUUUCUUGUCCAGUUUUCUGCGCGAGUGACGCUGGUGGGAAUGCUCAUCCCUACACUGAUCAUCUCGAUGCGUUUACCACACGCGUCGUUCUUCUCGGUGUACACACUGUCAGGCGUUAUCACUGCCGCCGGUACCACGGUUGGGCAAUCCGCGAUGUUUCUGACACAGUUCCUUAGGGCAGGGUGCAUUUGGUUGCCGAUUGCCACGGCGUGUGAGGCAGCCGAACUACACCAACACCUUGUCGUGUGGCUAACAGUGUAUUUUGUAUUGAUAUUUCUCGUUGCCUGCCUCAUCGCUGACCUGAAGCGGCGUAUUACUCUGCUGCUUCUCAACAUUGCCCUUGUGAAGCAGCUGGUCAGCGACACCACCUUGUUGACCCCAUCAAUGCUUCUGAUGCAGUGGCUCGUUGGCGUAUUAUUCGCCCUCGCCGCAACGUUGGUGCCGUAUCCGCUACUCGCGACAAGAUCCGCGCGUGAAUUGACACAUCGCCUCUUCACCAACACCGCAACGGCGUUCCGUGGCCUGACGACGUGCUUCUGGUCGCGUUCAAACACGGAGCGUAGUAUGGGGAUGGUGCGUAUUCGUCAUCUUACACGCUCGCUCGAUGCCUUGCUUAGUGACACGAGUGCAUUGGAGGACUUCAGCUUCUAUGAGUUUCUCUUCUUUGAUAGUUUUGAGCGGCGGGAACUGCGUUUGGGAAAGGCUGAGCUUCUGCACAAAUUGCGCCUCAAUCUGCGAUCCAUGUCACGCGUGAUUGACAUCGUGCAGGACAACCCGCACAUUAUUGAUGACUCGGAACGCUGCAUUCAGUUUGGGACAAGUCUGUCGCGCCCAAUGGAAGGUAUUUCACGUGCGGUGGAGGAGUUGCUGGAGGGAAUCGCCCGGGCGAAGGGUCGUGACGAUGUGCUGGCGCUUGACGCACCCUUCGAGUCCUGUGGGCGCAUGAUUAAGAGGCUGCAGGAGGAUUUUUCUGGCGCGAGUCGUGUGCUUUUCUACGAGAAGGUGUCGUCGGACGAGAUGGAGGAGUUUGUGCCGUUUAUGACGUUCUUUGUGUUCUCAGUGGUGAACUUCUGGUCCGCGCUCGACGAGUACAACCGAAACCUACGCUCAGAGCGCCCACCAACAAUGCGCUCCUCGUUGAAGCGCGUGUGGCGGUGGAUUACGAGCCCGUUGAUUGAAGAAGCGCGUUUCCUGCGUCGACUGGUCUUUACACGCGGCGAGGAGGAGGUACGUGUUGUGAUCGAGGCAGGGAAAGUGAGCGUGGCGAUGUUGUUGGCGGUGUUGUUCUUUUACUAUGUGCAGCCACAGGCGCUGGUGCUGUCGGGGCCAACCAUCAUUGCAUUUGUUUCUGGUAUGAACCCGGUGGAAGCGGUGCAAGCGGCGAUGGCGCGGCUCAUUGGCACGCUCCUCGGCUCCGUCAUUGGAUUCUUCGCCGCAUCGCUCAGCCAAACACAGGCCGAUCUCGCGGUGAGUCUCUGUGUCAUCACGGCGUUUUCGACGUUCUUCCGUACGGGGCAGAAAUACGGGAUUAUUUUCACAAAUGCCAACUUUGUGGCGGUGACGAGCUUGUCGCUGGCGCAGCAACCGACUGCUGAAACGGUGAUUAGCCGAAUUCAGCAGAACUCCUUCGCCAUCAUGAUUUACUGCUUGAUCUGCAUCACGGUGUUCCCAGUUAGUCCAGGGGCGUUUCUAAUGCGCAAGCGCAUUGAUGUGCUGCAGUCCAUUAGCCACGCCGUCGGCACAAUGAUGAACUUCUACGCUGAGCCUCCAGAGAGCGAUGGGCAGCCGCGGCGGUCAACCCGAUUUGGGUGGAUUCGCUCCUCCGAAGACCUUGGCAGACCCCUCGACGGCCUGGGUGGAAUCAUGAACGCAACCGCUAUGCAGCCACCGACGUUCAUUACGGUGCCACAGCUGGACCCACGCCUGCGUGCCGUCUUCGAAGAGGUGGAGCACCUCAAAGGGGAGAUGCUGGUGGCAGCCCGCAUUAUGCCCUUCGCGGCGGAUGAGCGCGGCGUCGCACCAAGAGUGUACCCGCAGCGUGCCUGCGACUCGGUGCACAUCGCCCUCUACCGCAUUUUCUCCCUCCUCUACACCAUCGCGUGCGGCUGGAAGCUAAUGUGCGAGAAGGGCUACUUUACACCGGAGGUACGUCGUAUUCUUCGCUAUGUGCACCCCAUCGCCAGUGAUGUUCGCUUCAGCCUGCAGCGCUUCGUGAAUAUGCUUACCUUCUACGUUACACACCCGAGCUCAUCGCUGGCGCCGGAGCUGAUGAGGUGCCUGUUGCAGUUCCGCGUCCUUGUGGACGAGUUCUCCAGCAGGAAGCACCGCGCCAUGAUGGAGAUCAUCUCCGGCGUCGUCGCACGCCAGCGGGAGCUAGAGAGACAGCCACCUCCGGCGAGUGACGAAAUGGACAACAACAAGAGCAAUAACACUGCACCACCAGCUGCGCCCAGCUAUCCUUUCAGUGCGGCUGACGUGGGCGCCGCACUCCACCUUGGGUCAGACGACCCGACGAUGCAGGACUACGUCGCCAAGAGACUUCUCAACCAAACGCAGAUAUUCCCCCUAAGCCUCGCAGCGCCGGCGGGGAAUGUGAUGCCGGCGGCCCCCGGCGCGCAGAGGAAAAGUAGUCCCUACGGCGAUGAGAAUGACGAGGGACUUGUGGCGGCGCAGCGGCAAACAGAGGAACAGCAGCAAACAGAGGAACAACAGAAACCAGAGGAACAGCAGCAGAAGCAGCGAGAAGAGCAAAGCCAGCAGGAGGAGAAUGCGCCACAGCCGAUACGGCGCAGAACUUCCAGGGGCUCCAUGCACGCCCCAAACUUCUCCACGGCGUCGGGCACGACAUCCACCUCGCGUCAAUCUCGAAGCUUCUCCUCUAACAUGCCGUCGAAUAGCUCCGUGCACUUCUCUGAUAGUUUCACCACGCCAAUCACUGUGCAUGACGCGGAGGGGCUGCACGCGAUCACGCUCGCGCUGGACAUGAUGGGGAAGGAGCUCAAGAACGCACUUCUUGCAUUUGAAGAGAUGGUGCAGGUAAAGGACCAAUGA